GGAGGCCACAGCCGGUGGAGGCAAGGCGGGUGCAGGGUGUGUGGGGAGGGAGGGAGGUGCCAGCACUCCAGCCCUGAGGCCCUGCUGGCCCCUGGGCGGAGGCCCAGCUCCGGCUCCCAGGAAUGGACCUCGUGGACCCCGACAUAUUUAAUAGGGACCCUCGGGACCACUACGACCUGCUGCAGCGGCUGGGUGGUGGCACCUAUGGAGAAGUCUUCAAGGCUCGAGACAAGGUGACGGGGGACCUGGUGGCAUUGAAGAUGGUGAAGAUGGAGCCUGAUGAUGAUGUUUCCACACUUCAGAAGGAAAUCCUCAUCUUGAAAACUUGCCGGCACGCCAACAUUGUGGCCUACCACGGGAGUUAUCUCUGGCUGCAAAAGCUCUGGAUCUGCAUGGAAUUCUGUGGGGCUGGUUCUCUUCAGGACAUCUACCAAGUGACAGGCUCCCUGUCAGAGCUCCAGAUCAGCUACGUCUGCCGAGAAGUUCUCCAGGGACUGGCCUAUCUGCACUCACAGAAGAAGAUACACCGGGACAUUAAGGGAGCCAACAUCCUCAUCAAUGACUCUGGGGAGGUCAGACUGGCUGACUUUGGUAUCUCAGCUCAGAUCGGGGCAACGCUGGCUCGACGCCUCUCUUUCAUUGGGACACCUUACUGGAUGGCUCCAGAAGUGGCUGCCGUUGCCCUGAAGGGAGGAUACAAUGAGCUGUGUGACAUCUGGUCUCUGGGCAUCACAGCCAUAGAACUAGCAGAGCUACAGCCACCGCUCUUUGAUGUGCACCCUCUCAGAGUUCUCUUCCUCAUGACCAAGAGUGGCUAUCAGCCUCCCCGGCUAAAGGAAAAAGGCAAAUGGUCUGCUGCCUUCCACAACUUUGUUAAAGUCUCCCUCACCAAAAACGCCAGGAAACGACCCAGCGCCACCAAGAUGCUCAGUCAUCAGCUGGUAUCCCAGCCAGGGCUAAAUAGAGGCCUGAUCCUGGAUCUUCUUGACAAACUGAGGAACCCAGGGAAGGGGACUCCUGUUGGUGAGACUGAAGAUGAGGAGCCUGAGCCACCCCCUGCCAUCCCUCGGCGGAUCAAAUCCACCCACCGAUCCAGCUCGCUGGGGAUUCCAGAUGCAGAUUGUUGUCGACGGCACAUGGAAUUCAGGAAGCUCAGAGCAAUGGAGUCCAGACCUGCAGCUGACACUGCUCUCUUACAGCCCCCUGAAGACUUCAGGAGCAGCAGUCCUAGGAGGCACCUGUCGGAGUCUGAUGAUGACUACGAUGACGUGGACAUCCCUACCCCUUCAGAGGACACACCUCCUCCACUGCCCCCCAAGCCCAAGUUCCGUUCUCCAUCGGAUGAGGGUUCCGGGGGGCCUGGGGAGGAGGGGCAGCUGAGCCCGGGGGUGCUGGUCCGGUGUGCCAGUGGGCCUCCCCCACGCACCCCCCAUGUUGGACCUCCCCCAGCCACCAGGAGUCCCCAUCUAACUGCCCAUUCAGAGCCCUCACUCUGGAACCCAACCCCUCAGCAGUCUGACCAGCCCCCACUGUUGCCCCCCAAGAAGGAAAAGAUGAAGAGAAAGGGAUGUGCCCUCCUUGUAAAGUUGUUCAAUGGCUGCCCCCUCCGGAUCCACAGCACAGCCGCCUGGACACACCCCUCCACCAAGGAUCAGCACCUGAUCCUAGGGGCAGAGGAAGGCAUUUUCAUCUUGAACCGGAAUGAUCAGGAGGCCACGCUGGAGAUGCUCUUUCCCAGCCGGACGACCUGGGUGUACUCCAUCAACAAUGUCCUCAUGUCUCUCUCAGGAAAGACCCCCCACCUGUAUUCUCAUAGCAUCCUGGGCCUGCUGGAAAGGAAAGAGACCAGAGCAGGAAGCCCCAUCUCUCACAUUAGUCCUCACCGGCUACUCGCAAGGAAGAACAUGGUCUCCACCAAGAUCCAGGACACCAAAGGCUGCCAAGCGUGCUGUGUGGCGGAGGGCUCCAGCUCCGGGGGCCCCUUCCUGUGCGGGGCAUUGGAGACCUCUGUGGUCCUGCUUCAGUGGUACCAGCCCAUGAACAAGUUCCUGCUGAUCCGGGUAGGGAGCCGUAGAGGCUGGCUUCUGCGGAGACUUCCAAGAAACCCCACUUCCACUCGAGGCCUCGUCCCAGUCUCCCCCAAGGUUCUGCCCAUCGGCCUGCCUGCCGUGGGUCAGGGUGCGAGUGUCUCCUUCCCGGCGGGGAGCGGGGAGCGGGGCGGGAGGAAGGCGGUAGACGCCGCGGGGAGAAGGAGGACCGGGCCGGGCCGCUCUGGAGCGGGUUUAGUCUGCUUGUGUGGGAACCGAGCGGGUCUAAGGAGAGGCGGGUGCCGCGGAAUGGGCCCGCGAACCUCCCCCUCUCCGACAGAGCACAAGGGACCAGUCCAGGUGACCCAGGUGGAGGAAGACAAAGUUAUGGUGUUGAUGGACGGGUCCCUGAAGCUGGUGACUCCAGAGGGAGCCCCAGUCAGGGGGCUGCGAACCCCGGAGAUCCCCAUGACGGAAGCUGUGGAGGCUGUGGCGAUGGUCGGAGGGCGGCUCCAGGCCUUCUGGAAGCACGGAGUGCAGGUGUGGGCUCUGGGCUCUGACCAGCUGCUUCAGGAGCUGAGAGACCCCACCCUCACCUUCCGUCUGCUUGGCUCCCCCAGGCCUGUGGUGGUGGAGACACGCCCAGCAGAUGAUCCUACUGCUCCCAGCAACCUCUACAUUCAGGAAUGAGUCCCUGGGGGUGUUAGGAACCAUUCCCUGCACCCUCCUUCCCAACAGACACUCAUUAGUGGUCAUGACAUGCUCCUUUACCCCAAUAAACAUGACUUCAGCCUCUGC